AAAUUGUGAACAAUCUCAGUGUAUAUUCAGCAUUCCAUAGCAUUCGUCUAUUUAAUGCUACGGAAAAGCAGAAUCCAAAAAAAAAAUAAUACACACAGCUCGAGGAGUCGUUGACAUCAACUUUUCUCACUAAUUCAACAAUAUUUGAACGUUGGUUAACAAUUGUAUAUAUUUAAUAAAAACGUGUGCUUGAUUCAACGUCGUUUGGCCGAAACGGCCCGAAUUAAUUUUAAACAAAACGCAAAACGUCAACUGCGAAGAAUUCAAAUUUCUGUAUUUAUUUUCAUUUGGCUUUGAUAGAGAGAAGCCGCUGGCGCUCUAGUCCAAAUUGUUUGCUCGCCAAACAUAAGGUAAAUUUAUAUAUAUAUUUUUGAUCUGGCAACAAGGACUGUUUGAAGUGCAGCUGCCACGCCAUGGCUGACAAGGAGCCGAAGAUUGACUUGAACGACAAGGAUUUGGCUUCGCGCAAUCCCAUUACUGGCAUGGGUCUGAACGGAGAUGGGGUCGGUGGCCUAAAGCCCAAGAUUGCCAAGAGCCGAGCGGGCAACCCGGUUACUGGCGAGGGCUACAGCUCGGGUCACACCGACAUGGAGGUGCUGCGAAAGAUUAGUCGUCGUCCUGGUCCGCUUUCCAAUUAGUUUUUUUUUAUUUGUCAUUAAAGCAAGAAGAAUUAAAAAAGAAGACGCCACUACAUACGACCCAUGCCGAGUUUCCUUUGUUAAACAACACCACGCCGUUUGACAUUUUCCAUAUACGAUUUUGCUGCGGAAGACGAAAUAAAAAAUUGGACUUA